AUGGACAAAGUCGACGCCGAAGUAACUCAACCCCUUCUUUCAGUAGGCGACCACGACGUCGAGAAUCAGAAUGCCAACCAUGGACCCGUUCACGUUUGCGCUCGCUGUGCCACAGAAAUGCGAGGCGGGACGACUGUUGAAGACCCAAACGGCCCUGGUGUCAAGAUUCACGCUCGUGGUGCAUUGCUUUUCGUGGCUAGUGCCCUCAGCUUGGCCCUUUUCAUCCUUUCAAUUGUGAUCAUGUCGAUGUCUUAUCGCAAGUAUUUCUUCGUUGGAGAGCUCUUCGUCUGCCUCUGGUCUUUCACGACUCAGGUUGUUCUUUGUGCUUUAAUCUACGCUGGCUGGCCUCAUCGCCGCAAGCGCAUGCCCAAGCUGAGCAAGACCACUGCACAAAUCAAGGUCCUCUGUCUUCUUGCUCUCUCUUGGAUUCCUCUGGCCACCGGUGCCAUUAUUGAAACUGACGAUAACGCUUGCCCAUGGGACUCGAUUUGCGCCCCGUUCGUCUUGGUUAACAUUCUUAUCUGGUUCCUUAUGAUCGCUCUUUAUGGCGCCGCGUUUGCGACUUAUCGUCGUGCAGUCAAGAUCCACGGGAAAGAGCUUGUACAGAAUCCGCAGAAGAUACCUGCUUGGCGUCUCUCGGAAGUCAAUGGGGCUGAGGGAAUGCUGAAGCUUUGA